AAUGAAACAACGAAGCUCACUCUGGACACUGGACACCCGACAGGCACUGGAAACGGGUACCUCAGCUGUGUUCAGUGAAUAUAAAUCCAAAUAAUUUGAAAGUGAAAUGAAGGAUGUUGUCGCCUGACCCCGAAGGUCAGUAGAAAUUCACCUAGGAUUCGGAGGAAAAUAUUGCCUCCAUAUUCGGAGUCAAAACGCAACAACCUAAGCAAGAAACCAGAAAGAGGCAGCCAGGCUCUGUGGCGAAAUCUCAAGGAGACUGCGUCCUAACCAAGAGGUCGCGUCCUACACAGAAGAUUGCGUCCUAUCCAGAAGAACGCGUCCUAUACAGAAGAUCGCGUCCUACACAGAAGAUCGCGUUCUAUUCAGGAGACUGCGUCCUAACCAGGAGAUCGCGUCCUACCAGGAAGAUCGCGUCCUACACAGAAGAUUGCGUCCUAUCCAGAAGAACGCGUCCUACCCAGAAGAUCGCGUUCUAUUCAGGAGAUCGCCUCCUAUCCAGGAGAUCGCGUCCUACAAAGGAGAUCGCGUCCUAUCCAGGAGAUCGCGUCUUACCCAGAAGAUCGCGUCCUAUUCAGAAAAUCGCGUCCUAUCCAGGAGAUCCCUCAUAAUAUCCAAGAAGGGCACAUCCCAGGUGUCCUAUCCAAGAGGUCACGUCCUAUCCAGGAGUUGGCGUCCUCUCCAGGACGCAACGUCGCAUUCAGAGGAUGAAUCCUUCCUAGGAUAUGUCCCCCCACCCAUGCAGCAGGACCUGCAGACCUCUCCCACGUUGCAAUGAAUCCUGCAUUAUUCCCCUCCCACCACGCCUGGCUCCUCAUUAUGGCCGCGCCACAGCCCUCGACGGUCACAGUUCUGGGAGGGACGCCUUGCGGUGCUGACGUCAACACAUGGGAAGGGUUCCCGCGGGCUCCGUCAGCUUGGCAGAAACCUAAGGAGCUGAAAGAAAGUACACAAACAUGACGAAACUGGACGCUGAUAAUUCGCGGGGGAGGGCGUCUGAGUACAGCGCCAUUUGCAAAGCGCGGCAAGAGAACGGGGACCACAAGGGGGCGGCUGCGGGGGGCGCCAUGAUUUCUCUGCCCCAAGUUCACUACCUGGAUGGGUCGCAGCCCCUGGAUGACUACAACCCGCACCUACACCGCAACGUCGAGACCCCUACAACGAACACGGAGACCCUUAUCCACCUUCUGAAGGGCAGUUUAGGCACAGGGAUUCUCGCCAUGCCGAAUGCUUUCUUCAAGGCGGGUCUCAUUGUGGGCUUUGUGGGGACGAUUCUGAUUGGGAGCUUGUGUACAUACUGCAUACAUGUUCUGGUGCGGUCUCAGUACCAGAUGUGCAGACAACUGCGGGUGCCCAUUCUCAGCUACCCGCGCACCCUGGAGCUGGCCAUGAAGCAGGGACCACGCGUCCUAAGGGGGUUCUCCACAUAUGCUGGCACGGCUGUGAACGCGUUUCUCAUUGUGUACCAACUGGGAAUUUGCUGCGUGUACAUAGUUUUCGUUGCGACGAACAUAAAACAGGUGGUGGACGAAUACCAUGAGACGAAGCUGGACGUGAGGCUCUACAUGGUGAUGCUGCUGCUGCCACUGAUUCUCAUCAACUGGGUGCGCAACCUCAAGCUUCUCGCGCCGUUCUCCUCAUUUGCCAACGUCAUCACUUUCGUGGGCUUGGGGAUCACCCUGUACUACGUGUUUGACGGCAUUCCGUCGCCGUCAGAGCGCAACAUGGUGGGCCACGUCGUGGACCUGCCCCUCUUCAUCGGGACCACGCUCUUUGCCCUCGAGGCAGUCGGAGUUAUCAUCGCCCUGGAAUACAACAUGAAGAACCCCGUGGAUUUCGGGGGCUACUGUGGCGUCUUCAACCGCGGCAUGGUCACCAUCGUCUUUAUGUACGUGUUCGUCGGCUUCGUGGGCUACGUGAAGUACGGGGAGGCGGCAGCGGGCAGCAUCACGCUCAACUUGCCGACCGAUCAGAAGUUGGCCCAGAGCGUGAAGAUCAUGUUCGCCAUUGCAAUAUUUAUCACGUACGCGCUGCAGUGUUACGUGCCCCUCGAGAUUGUGUGGAGCACGUACAUCAAGGACAGGCUGGGGCAGGCCUCCAGCACGAAGAAGCUGCUGGUUGAGUACCUCAUGAGAACGUGCAUCGUCAUAGGAACCUUUCUGCUGGCUGUGGCAAUACCCCGUCUGGAGCUGUUCAUUUCCCUUUUUGGGGCCCUGUGCUUGUCGGCCCUUGGUAUCGCCUUCCCCGCUACUGUGGAACUGUGUCUACUCUGGCCUUCCAAGAGCUACGGCCGUUUUUACUGGAUUCUUGUCAAGGAUAUUCUGCUGAUUGUGUGUGGCAUUCUGGGACUCGUUAUCGGAACAUAUGUCAGCAUAGCCAACAUCGUCCACUCGUUUCUAUAGGCAGAGCGUCCUAGCUCACGCGCAAGAACUAGCAGCCUUAAAUUAUUAGACCGGAAGUUAACUUCAGCAUAUUCCACGUCUAAAUUCGUGCUGUGUAGGUGAAUUUUGUUGUAUGUUUUCAAGUCCGUUUUUAUUUCGCAAUUUAAUUUGCGCGAAAAUAAAAAAAAAACAUUUUUUUAUGAGACAUCCCAACCGUUAAACUUCAUAGUGAUUAUGCAAUAAUAUAAGAACCAUAAACUAUAACAAGUAUUAGUUGGAAACUUUAACUUGUCGGAUCACAUGUAUCGGCCCUAUAGGGCCAUCAGCAGAGGCUUACGUGUUAAAAGGGACAUCCCUUAGCAUAUAAUUUCUAGCAGUAAUGUUUACGUUUUGAAAUCGCAAUGCUUUUGUCGGUAUAGUGACGAGCUGGACGGCCGUCGUUCG